UCAGAUAUGGUGUUGACACCCCUACAGUGCAACUGCUUGUAGAAAAUAUCUGCGCCUUCUAUCAAGCCUAGGCGCCAUGUGUAUCUUUUCCUGGAGCUGUAGCAUGUCUCAGAGCCCUGGGCGACAGCCGAUUUGCCCGGCACGUCACACGCAUUGGUAAUUGGACCGGGACUAGCACAACUACGCCGCUGAACGAUCACUGUAUAAUCUUCCAUUAUCGUCAAGUGUGUAUGCUGGAGGAUGUCUCAUAAGGUUCUGUCAGCCCCUCCUCGAGUCUUGCUCGCAAGCAAACAUAUCCACAUGUAAGCAGCAAACAAGGCUGAGUCCUGACUUCUCACUACAUAUCACUACAGCAUUUCAACAUGCUUACUCGACUCCUCGACCUCCCAUCAGAACUCCUCCUCCAAAUCCUAGCCACCCUCCCGGUAAAGCCACUCCUCCGAUUCGCGCAAACAUCCCACUACGCACGUAGCCUAGCUUACUCGAACCUACAAUCUCUCUCCCUCGCAAUCUAUCCAUCUCAUCGCAGCUCCUGGCACAAUAAACUCUUCAUCGCCCAGCACAAGCCAAAACACGCCCUGCACGCCGCCAUCCAGAUACCACGGGCCUGGGACUUCGACUACACCACGCUUCUAACUUUCCACAACAAGAUUGUUGCGAGCAUCUUGAGCCGCCAUGCAUCUGUGCUGCAGAAACUCGAACUCACGUUCUGGACGCUCUCGAUACCUAUAGCUCGGGCGAUUGCAAAGCUGCCAGCACUCAAGGAACUCAACAUCUGCAUUGAGACCGUGCAAGCCGUGCCGCGAGCGUAUAUGAAUGUGCAGCGGAAAGAAGAGGGUAAAGCGUGGGCCCUACUUCCUUGUAGUCCUUCAUGGACUCACCUCAUCCACACGCUUCGGAUCGAGAACGCCAAGAUCAACACCUCGCAGCUACACUGUCUGAUUGCUGGGGCCGGUAGAUUGAGAGAGUUGGCGCUGAGAAAGUGCGACAUGCUCACCAGCUCACUCUGGGACACCGAAAGGUUGAGCAGCUUGCGGCAUCUCAGUAUCACAGACUGUGCGAACGUGCACGCCAAUUCGACAGCGCUGGAGGCAAUAAGCAAAAUGCAGAGAUUAAAGGUUCUGGACUUACAUGGGUGUAGUGGUUUGGACGGCGAGGUUUUGGAACAGUGGAACAGGGAUGUCUGGCGUGUGCCUUUGUUUGUGGCACCGAGGCCGCGUGGGAUGCUGAAGGAGGAGGUGCAUAUUGAGGUGGAUCCGGAUUAUCUGCUUGAGCAGGAUUAAGCUGUC